CAAAGAAACGUCACUAUUCGGCGCCAAACAAAUUCUCAACUCUUUUCCUCUUCGCGUCGUUUGAUAUUAUACUGCUUCAUUUGUUAUAUUCCUGCGGCUCUUUGCCAGUUUUGGUGGAGCGCUGGGUGUUUUUAUUCAGCAGAAUGGGUCCCGUAGAGCUCCUCCACAUGUCAGUUUUCUCUCAGAGUUUUUCCCCCUGUGGUCGGUUCCUGGCAGCUGGAAACAACUAUGGAGAAAUUGCACUUUUUAGCCUAUCUGCAGCUCUGAGUCCAGAGGCAACAGGACUAAAUCAGAAACCUGUUCUAACCUUCACUGCUCACGAAGGUCCGGUUUUCUCUCUCCUCUCCACUGACUGUCACCUCCUGAGUGCAGGAAAUGGAGAGGUCAGCGCCUGGAGCUGGGCCGAGCUCACCAAGAAGAAUGCGAAACCUUUGUGGACAAAAAGACCCAACUACAAAUCCAGUCUGGAGAUCCCAGAGAUCAACUCGAUGGCAGUCAACCCCAGCGAUAACAGCCUUGUGAUCGGUGGAGGAGACAACAAUGUCCACAUCCUGGAUCUGGAACAUGGGGCUUUCAAGUUGGUCCUCCAGGGUCAUUCGGACUACAUCCACUGUGUGAGUGUGAGAGAGAGGGAGGCAGAGAUCCUGUCGGGAGGGGAGGACGGAGCUGUGAGGAUUUGGGACAGCAGGACAGGUCAGUCUGUUCACUGCAUCGAGGUCUACAAGUAUAAGACCUGUGCACGGCCUCAGUAUGGUAAAUGGAUUAGCUGUGUGACCACAGAUUCUGACUGGAUGCUGUGUGGUGGAGGUCCUUCUCUAUCUCUGUGGCAUCUCCGCUCUCUGUCGCCGACUUCGAUCUUCCCUCUGACAGGCUGCCAGAGACAGGCCACCUUCUACCAGGACAUGAUUCUGGCUGUAGGUGAAGGAUCAUUUGUGUCUCACUGUCUGCUGGGGGGAGAGGUCAAAGCUCAGAUCCCCUGUAUGCCCCAGAGUCUCAACACCUUGCAGCUCAACACCAACAGCACUGAGCACCGGGUGCUGACAGCAGGAGGUAGCAGUAGCCACAUUGACGUGUUCACCAACCUGUCGUAUAGAGCCUUUUCCCUCAGCUUCUGAACACACAGCAUAAGUGGUGUUGCAUAUCAAUGUUUGUGUCUCGAGGUGAAGAAGCGGAGUAUUAGUGAUUUUUUUUUUUUUUGGAAGAAACUCUCCUCACGGCUUUUGUACAUUUUAGUCUCAAGAUAUUAAAAUAUUUUUCUCUGAUUUUAUACAAACUGGGUUCUUUUGUCAUAAUAAUCUAAACUCAAAAUGUCCACUUUAUACAAACACCUUCUCCCUCUUGAUUUUUCCUCUUAUUUACAGAAGCUGGUGCUGUGGAUGAUCUAGUGGUGCUAACUGUUGAGAUCACCAGUAAAAAAAUUCUCCCAAAAAUAAAUGGGGGGGAAAAAUACAAGCACCACAUCUAGUCAAAACUUAAGAAAUACAUUAAAACUAAAUACACAGUAUUAAGCAGCUCCACUAUUCUCACUGGCUGACAAGAGAAACAAGAAGUCUGUACUGGCUAUGAAUGUUAUAAAAAUGUACUAUUUGUUUUUACUUCUUCAUCAGUGUUACAUAUGUCUGUGAUUAAGUGGUGAAAGUGAUUCCAUGAUUUUCCAAGUUGAAGUGAAAGGUUUUUAAUUAUCAUAGCAAAGAAAGUACUUUUAGAUUUUCACUUUGAAAACCAAAGUAAACAAACUUGACCUUCACACCAGUCUCCUCUAUGGUGCAAAACUUGGAAUUGCAUCUCCAACAGAAACUCAUUCCAACUAAACAUGCGUAGCAUUCAAAAAGCAGAAUACAUAAAAAACAGUUUGGCUGUCCACAUGUUGGUCUCUUACUGCUUCCCCUUUAUGUCUCCUGUCUGCAAGCUUUAAACCAACCUGUCAUUGCAGAAACAAAUGUAGAAAUAUAUACAAGCAAGCUAUAUAUAGAGCUGGUGGUUCUGACUAUGGGGACUAGUCGGUACAGAUGAAGUACAGUGAAACCUUUGAGGUGGUUCUUAUACUACCUAGGGGGUUUAUUCAGUCCUUGGUGUGGUUCUAGUGGAUCCAGUUUUGGAUGUAGGUCUUGGGUCUCAAAUAUAGUGUUAAAAUUGCACUUUGAAGAGUUGUUACACAGCAUUUAACAGAAAUGUAUGCAUGUAUAUGAAAAAGCAUUUUAAUGGAGAAAUGAAACCUGUCAAACAUCAGAUUAGACUG